AUGAAUUUACCAUAGAUUGGAAGAAAGGUCAAUAUCCAAAAUCUUUUGGAGAUGGACAAAAAUAUAGAUGUACCAGAAAAUGAAAAAGUUAGAUAAAGGAAUCCAAAGAAUUUGCAAUCAAAAUAAAUGACAGAAAUAUUAGGAGGAAGAUUGCUUGAAUCUUCGCAAAGCACAACAAAUGUGAGACGUCCUGGAAGUCGUCCAGAUACUGGUUCCAAGCAAAAGAUUUUAUUGAAUAAUCAAAAAUAGUUGUAGAUAAAUUAACAAUUUUCUCAGCCACAAUUAGGCGAAUAGAAUAAUGAAACGAAUUUUUUCAAUCCAAGAAGCAACAAUCUUGGAAGUAAAAACGAUUAAGGAGAGGCAGAUGCUCAAUAACAAAUAAGUUAAAAUGAAACUCCAAAUUAAGUAGAAGCAAGAAGAUUUUCAUAAAAAUAGGAUUUGCUAUAUAAAAAUAAGACAUUUUAACCUUCUCUAGCAAGUUAUAAUCCAAACAUAGAUAGGAUGAUUAGUAUGUAUGAAUCGCAAGAUAUAGAAUAUAAAGAAAAACUUAAUAACACAGAGAGGGUUGUAACAAUGUUGAUUGAACAACUAAACAAUGUAGAAAGAAAUCAAUAAGGAGAAUUGAGAAAAUAUAAGCUCUAGUUGGAUAAUGAAAGGGAUUAUAGAGUUAAAUUAGAAGCUAAUUUAAGAUUUAUUCAAGACCAAUACAAUCAACUUAAUCAUGAUCUCUAAACGAGAGUCGAAGUUCUCGAUACAAAAUUGCAAAGAGAUGACAGAAAUAAGAAUGAAAUGAGGGAAAAACUUAUUCUCACUGAACAAAAUUAGAAAGAAAUAUUAUUCUUUAUCAGAAACAUGCAAAAAUCAGAAACUACUGAAAUUUUAUAAUUAAGAGGCAUAAUGCAAGAAAAAAUGACUGAAGAGUAAUCUCUUCUUCAAAAGGAAAGGGAAAAAAGCAAGGCUCUUUUCAUGGAAGUAGUUAGACUUGGUGAAACAUAAGAAAGGUAGAAUGAAGUGUUCAAUAAUCUUUAAGGAUAGUUCGAAAGUAGGAUAGCUAUUUUAGAAGCUCAGCUAAGUGCUGGGCAGCGCUCAGUAAACUAAAUAGCCUAAAAAGGAGAUCAAGGUAUAAAUUAUAUAAGCGAUUGGAAUGAAAAAUUAGAAAGAAGAAUGCAAUAAACAGAAGCUAGUAUCCUUAGCAUCACGAAAGAGUAAAGCAAAGAUAAAGAUCUUUUGAGCUAGUUAGAAGCCUAUCAUGCUAAGAUGGCUGAAGAUGUCAAAGUUAUUUUGAAUACUCUUUAGUCAGAUUAUGAUAACAAAUUAGAAUCAAAAGUGACUGAAAUAGUAAACAGAAUUGUAAUGGAGCAUGAAGACAGAAUAAGAUAACAUGAUGAGAUGAGAACUAAUAUCGAUAUGAGAGAUAGACUCAAUUAAGAAAAAAGUAAUUAUGAAAGAGAGGAAAUGAGAGAAAGAUAUUAAGCUUUAGAUGCUUUGAUGAGGACAGAGUUUUAAAGAAAAGAUGAGUCUAUAAAAUCUUUGCAAGCAAUUAUGGAGAAUUAAGUAAAAGGACUGCAAAAUGCUCUUAAAUUUGAAGAAUAAUCAAGAAAUUAACAAGAAAUUGUUUUUAGAAAUGAAAUACUCAAGAUGUAAGAGACAUUUGCAAGAGAAUAUGAUAUAUUUAAGAAUCAAUAGUCUAACAUUACUGAAAAAAUAACUGAAAUGAUGAAGAUUGAAAUUUAAACUCGUUUAAGCUCUGAUGUGGAUUUAAAGAAUUUAACAAGUGCGAUUGCAACAGAUAUUGUUUCAGAUGUGAACAAUGUUAAAGACUAAAUGGAAAUUUAGUAUAAAAAAUUACAAGAUGAAAUAAGAGAGACAAGAUUAGAAAGUUCAUAAAAAUCAGAGCAGGUUAGCAGGUAUGUUGAUGAGGAAGUUAAGAAAGUUGUAGAGGUAUUUGGUAAGAAGCAUGAAAAGACUAAAAAUAUGUUUACAAAGUUGGCAGAGUAAUUCAAAAAUCACUUAAUUAACACUGAUAAUAAUAGAAAAGAUGUUGAAAAGAGACUAGUGGGACUUGAAAAGGGAUAAGAAGACCUAAGGACAGAGACUUACAAACUUGUAGGUGAUACAUAAAAGGCAUUUGAAAAUCGUUUGAUUGAAGAAAAAUUGAAUAUUGAACUGAAUGUUCAAACAAUUGCGAAGGGACUUGAUGAUAAAAUUAAUAAAGUUGAAGAAGAAUCGAAAAAAGAUGUUUAAUUUUUAACUCAAGCUAUUGAGAAUUCAAGAGAAAUGUUUAAUAAUAGAAUAAAUAACAUGUAGAGCUCUUUAGAAGCUUUCUAAAAGUUAUGUGAAGAGCAAAAUGAAUAAAUUAAUAUUAAAAUAUAAGAUAUUAAAGCUGAUAUUAGCGACUUCAAAGUGAAAAUUAAUACAGCUUUAGAAGAAUUGCAGUCUAAUGUGAUGAAAGAAUUAGAUGAUAUUUCGAAAGAUUUAGAAGAACUCCAGUAAAACACAUAAAAAGAGUUAGAAUUAUCCAAAUCUCUCAUUAUAAAUUUGCAAGACGAAGUUUAGAGAUUCUCAUAAGAAAUUGUUCUAAAAUUGAAGGAAAUCAUAGAUCAUUAACAAGACACAGAAAAGGAGUUUGUACUAAGACUAGAAGAAUUAGAAUAAAGUUCCAUGAAUUCCUUUAACCUUAUAAAGACCACUCUUGAUACAAUUGAUAAUGUUUACAAAGACUUGGAAACAAAGAUAACAGAACUUAAUGCUGAAACAGUUUUAGACAAUACUCUAGCUAAAGCUGAAAUGGAUAAUAUAAAGUAAUAGAUUAGCGAUAUGUUCGAGUUGAUGAACACACAACAUCAAGACAUGAAACUUACAAAUACUCACUUUGAGUAAGAGUUCGUAAAAAUAUCAGAAGACAUAGAUUAAGUUAAAACUAACCUGUAUUAUGAACUUGCAGAAGCCAAUGAUAAAAAAUUAUAAAAAUUACUAGAAAAUAUUAGAAAUGAGAACUAAUAGCUUUGGAAGAAGAACGUGGAAUUAGUAGAUUCAGAUUUUAAAAAUAUAGAUUAACUUAGAGAUAAUAAGAAUAGUUUAUUUACUCAGCUAAACGAAAUACUUAUAACUCAAGACGAAUAUAAUAAACCUAAAAUUAAAUCUAAAUGA